CAAUGGGGAGGGGGGAGUAUCCUGGGGCUGGCAGUUAGUUGUAGGAAGACCUGUGUCAGUCCAAAGUACAGGCCGGAAGACAAGGGCAUGCAGUCUCCUCCCCGUGCUAGUUGAUUGGCGGAGAACCAGACACCAGAGCUUGGCAGCCAGCUCUACAGUUCAUUCUGCUGCAAAGGUCUCUGUCAAAAGAUACUUGGCUAACAUGGUGCAGCAGAUCCUAUACAGAGCUCUGGUGUCCAACAAAUGGCUUGCAGAAUGUGUCCGGGCCAAUAAACUCGGACCUGAUCUGCGUGUGCUGGACACAUCCUGGUAUGAACCAAGGCAGAGGGAUGCCAAGAAAGAAUUCAGAGAACGGCACAUCCCUGGUGCUUCCUUUUUUGAUAUUGAGGAGUGCAAAGACAAGUCCUCUCCUUACGAGUUCAUGUUGCCCAGUGAAAAACACUUUGCUGACUAUGUUGGGCACUUGGGCAUCAGCAAUCACACGCACGUGGUAGUGUAUGAUGGAGAUCACCUGGGCACUUUCUAUGCACCACGAGCCUGGUGGAUGUUCCGGGUUUUUGGGCAUCGCACUGUCUCCAUCUUAAAUGGGGGCUUCAAGAAUUGGGUGAAGGAAGGUUAUCCUGUGACGUCAGAGUUCACCCAGCCAGAGCGAGGUGUGUUUAAAGCCACCCUGGAUAAAUCACUCCUGAAGACCUAUGAAGAGAUGGUUGCCAACGUGACCUCCAAGCAGUUCCAGGUGGUGGACUCCAGAUCAGAAGGAAGGUUCCAAGGAACAGAACCUGAGCCAGGGACAGCAGAGCUGGAACCAGGCCAUAUUCCAGGAAGUUUGAACAUGCCUUUUUUCAAUUUCUUAACUGAGGAAGGAUUUGAAAAGGACAUGGAAGAGAUUCGAAAGAUGUUCCAGGAGAAGAAGGUGGACCUCUCAAAACCACUGAUUGCCACCUGCCGCAAGGGGGUCACAGCCUGCCACAUUGCCCUGGCAGCAUACCUGUGUGGCAAACCAGAUGUGCCUAUCUAUGAUGGCUCCUGGUCAGAAUGGUUUCGUCGUGCCCCACCAGAAUAUAGAAUUUCCAAGUGGAAUCGCAACAAAGCAUAAUGAGUGAGGUGCAUCUGCAGUGAUUCUUCUUCAUGCUCUGAAGUUGAGUUUCUUAAUCAUUUGUUAACUAAAAAAAGGAAGGGGAAGUAUAUGAAACCUAUAGUCCAUAAUUUUUUCCAGUUUUCUGAUCCACUUGAUGUGUUUUUUCCUCCCCCACCUCCUUUCUUAAUGAAGUAAUUGAAUAAACUAGAAUUCCAAA